UCAAACUCUGUUAAUCCAAUAAAACAGAACAACACAGAUGCACACAAACACAAAAUAAAAAUCAGCCAUGAAAGCAUACCAAGCAACUGCAUCAUCCUCAGUGAAAUCAAGCACCACCGCCGCCGCGAUGGAUGAGAGAGAUAGCUGUUAUUACCCUGGAUGCAGAAAAGACACCAACUGCAAUUGUGAUAUUUGCUUAGCGAGCAUCAAUGCCACCCUUGACCUCAUGCCUGUUAGCAUCCAGAAAUCCUCUCUCACUAAGUUCUCUUCUUCAUGUCCUAACGUUGAGGGUACUCCUGUGUAUUUCAAUCCUUCGAUUUUGUCCACACCCCUAUCAGAUUCUUGUCCCAAAAUGGAGUCUCCACUCCUCAAGUCAAUUGCAAGAUUGAAUUUGAGUGACAAGAAAGAGAAGAGAAAGAGAGUCAGGGGUUUUCUCAGUUCUUUUUCAAGGUUGCUUUUGGGAUUGAGCUUGCUUUUUGUAGCGGAAAUAGGGUUUUCCUGGGGACCUUGUGGGGUUUUAAGUCCUAUAUUAUCUCCCGAUAUAGUAAGAAACAUUGGUAAGAGAUCUCAGGUUGGGAAAGAUUUGCGUGAGAGACUAAGAUUCAUUCAGAAUGAAUUGAAGGGUUUUGUUACGGAUGGAAAAGUUUCGAACUGCAGCCAUAUAAGCUCAAUAUGGAAAAUCAAUCAGGAAGGCCUACUAUUGAAUUCACAGUGUGAAUUGUACAAAUCAGCAAUGGAGGAGGUGAGUAUAUGGGGCUGGCCUUGGCAGACUGCUGGACUGCUGAAAAUAGGGUUUUCUACACGUUCCUUUACUGUGUUAUCAGGCGGAGUUACAGAGUGGUCAAAUGGGAUGAUUGGAUACUCAACUAUUAAAGCCAACAGUUCGUGGGUUCACAGGAAAUGGGGUGCCUCAGUUGUCCAAUUAGAUCCUAGCACGUGGGUUCUGGAGUAUCGACGGAGCUCGAUAUUGGAUUGCACAAGAUUGUCUUCAGCGGUAGCUGAGCUCUUCAUGUACCAAAUGUCCAAAGUGAUGAGAAAGAUUAAUCGAGAUUUCUGGUUUUUCUCUGCUUUGGAAGACCGAUAUAGUGAAUAUACAGCGGGAGACUAUAUCAAGAUCCCAACUUAAAAGAACUGAUAGAUAUCAAAUUCAGUGUCCUUUUCUGAUUUCCCUUCUGUUUUUUGUUCUCAUUCCUGCAAGACGAAGAAUAUCUCCAUGUCUCUUGUACUUGUGUUCUAAAAAGAAAUUGUAUAUACUGAAUGUGCUUUUGCAAUAACAUUACAUGGCUCCUUUUUUC